AUGGCUGCAGGAAAUAUCCCCGGCGAGAGCAACGCGCUUGUGGUACAGAUCCCCUGCGUUGUUUUCUUUGUUGUCACUCCGUGCUUCAUUGCUGCACGGUUCUGGUCCCGGCACAAAUCAAACUCGUCUGUUGGCUGGGAUGAUUGGUGCUGCCUUCUCUCCUGGAUCUUCUGCGAGCUCGUGUCAGGUCUUAUGCUUGGCUCUUGUGCCUAUGGAUUUGGCCAACACAUCUAUAAUCUAUCACCAGAGAAUAAACUGAAGACUUUCAAGCUGUUCUACAUUGCACAAAUCUUUUAUAAGCUUACGAUGAACCUUACAAAAAUUUCGAUUUUGCUCCUUUACAUGCGAAUUUUCGCCGUCUUCACGUGGUUCCGUUUCAUCGGUCGCGCCCUUAUUGGCAUAGUCACGGCAUAUAUGAUCGCGGCAUUCUUUGCAGCGGUGUUUCAGUGUACCCCAGUGGAAAAAGCAUGGGAUAGGUCCGUCGCAGGGUCCUGCAUUAGCAUCGAGAAGAACUGGUAUGCCAACGCGGGAUUCUCCAUCGCCACGGAUGCAAUCAUUUUGCUGCUUCCGAUCAAGCCAAUACUGUCUCUCAAACUCCCAGUUGGUGAGAAGAUCGCGCUUCUGGGCGUUUUCAUUCUCGGCGCCUUCGUCACAUUGACAAGUAUCCUCCGCAUGCAAACCCUGAGUUUCUCUUCAACGAGCCCGGACAUGACGUACGACAUUGCAUCGUCCAUGUGGACUAUCAUCGAAGACAACACAGCCAUCAUCUGCGCCUGUCUACCCAUGUGCAAAAGAGCCCUGGCAGCCCUUUUCCCAAGCUUGGCUUCCGAGGGCCGUCGCAAGUGGAGCAACGAGCUAUCUUACCGGAGCGGUAGCAAUCGCAGCAGGUGGACGCAAUUCUUCGACGGGCCUGCGAGCAAGGACCACUCAGCUCUGGUCCUGGAUCCUCGCCAGGUCUCGACUCACUCACAGGUGCAGACCGGGUGCUACCCGAGCGAGGAGUUUAUCAUGUCACCCGUGCACGACGGGAAGCGCUCCGAGUCAUUGGGCUCAGAAGAACCUGAAGGGGGUGCUAUUCGGAAGGUCACGCGGUACGAGGUCGCUUAUGACGAUGCUCCGAUGGCGCGGGCGAAGUGA